AUGGCCGACAUUAGCAAACUCCCCGAAGUCGAAGACGGCAGCAAAGACAGCCUGGAGCGAACCAAGAGCGUCACGACCGAUGCCAAAGGUGACACGGUCAUCGUCACCGAGGAUGGCGAUAGCUUCACCAUCGACAAGAAGGCCGAGCGUGCGCUGCUCUGGAAGUUUGACCUACGGAUACUGCCACUCCUCACGAUGAUGUACCUCUUCAACAGUCUGGACAAAGCAAAUCUAGGCAAUGCGAAGACGGCGGGGUUGGAGAAGGAUCUGGGGUUCGCUGGGACUAAUAAAUACAACAUCCUCCUCUCCAUCUUCUUCGUGCCCUACGUUCUCACAGCACCGUUCUUGGGCAUGGCAGGUAAAAUCUGGGGCCCAUCGCGCGUGCUGCCUUGCAUGAUGUUCUGCUUCGGUUCCAUGACCCUCCUCACCACCACGGCAUACAACUGGAGCGGUCUGAUGGCUCUGCGCUGGUUCCUUGGAAUGGCUGAAAGUGCCUUCUUUCCUCUGGUUAUCUAUUAUCAGACGCAAUUCUACCGUCGUGGAGAGCUGGCACGUAGGUUGGCCAUCUUCUACGCCGCCAGCAACAUCGCCUACGCUUUCGGCGGCCUCCUAGCCUUCGGGAUGUUCCAACUCCACGGCGGCGCUCUCCCAAGCUGGAAAUACCUUUUCGCUCUAGAGGGCGGCCUCACAGUGCUAGGCGCCAUCAUAGCCUUCACCUUCCUCCCCUACUCAGCCCAACACGCCAAAUUUCUCAACGCAGACGAAAAGAAACUCGCCUUCUACCGCAUCCAAGUCGACUCCUCGGCCGUGGUCGAGGAGAAAUUCAACCUCCGCGAGGCCCUCAAGAUCCUGCACCAACCCACCUCCUGGGUCAUCCUCGCCAUCGAGAUCUGCCUCGGCAUCCCGCUGCAGUCCGUCUCCCUCUUCCUGCCCCAAAUCGUCGGACGCCUGGGCUACUCCACCAUCAAAACGAACCUCUACACCGUCGCCCCCAACGUCACCGGCGCUGCGAUGCUGCUCGUCCUCGCGUACUCCUCGGACUACACGCGCCUGCGCUUCCCGUACAUCGCCGCGGGCUUCUUCUUCACCUUCUGCGGCUUCAUCAUCUACGCCGCCAUCGACGUCGAACACAACCUCCAGGUCGCCUACUUCGCCUGCUUCAUGAUGACCUGGGGCACGUCGGCCCCCUCCGUCAUCCUGGACGUCUGGUACAACAACAACAUCGCCGACGAGAACCGCCGCGUCAUGCUCACCUCCAUCGGCGUCCCCGUCGCGAAUAUGAUGGGCGUGGUCUCGUCGAACAUUUUCCGCACGCAGGACGCGCCGAAUUAUAUCCCCGCGUUGGCGACGACGGCGGCGUUUGGGGGCGCGGGGAUUUUGUUGACGUUGGGACUCGGGUUUUGGAUGGUGCUCGAUAAUCGUAGGAGGAAUUCUAAGCAGGGGGUGCGGUUGACGGCGAGGGAUGUGCCGACGGAGCAGUUGAAGGAGGGGCCGAAGAAUGAGAGGUUUCGGUGGGUGUUGUAG